AUGAGUUCAGGCUAUGAGCUCAAGGAUCUAGAGGAGUUAACAUCAAACGCAAAGCAGAUACAAGACGAUGUACUUAAGGAGAUACUCACACUUAACGCGACCACAAAGUACCUCAGACAGUUUCUCCAUGGAAACUCUGAUAAGGAGUUAUUCAAGAAGAGCGUACCGGUCGUGAGCUACGAUGAUGUUUGGCCUUAUAUCGAACGUGUUGCGAACGGAGAGCAAACAGAUCUAAUUUCGGGUGGACCCAUUACUAGAUUCCUCGGAAGCUCGGGAACUUCAGGAGGGAAACAAAAGAUAUUUCCGGUGAACGAUAAGUACACUGAGAAGCUAGGAUACGUUUUAGCUCUACGCUCUCUCGUUAUGUCCAAGCAUGCCAGUGACAACGGUGUCGAGCAAGGAAAGACAAUGGAAUUUAACUACGUUAGACCGGAACCCAAAACUCCCUCCGGUUUACCAGUUUCAACAGUAUUUACAAGCUUCUUCAUGAGCGAUUAUUUCAAAAACCGAACAUCAAAACAUAGUUCUGAGUACACAAGCCCCGACCAAGUCAUACUAUGUCCAGACAACAACCAAAGUUUGUACUGCCAUCUUCUAUGCGGGCUUGUCCAGAGAGACGAGGUUAUGAGAAUUGGUGCCACUUUUGCUUAUCCCUUGGUCCUUGCAAUAAAUUAUCUUGAAAAUCACUGGAAGGAACUAUGUAAUAACAUCCGAGCAGGGCAUGUUAGCGAGUGGAUCACUAACCUUGAUUGCAGAAACGCUGUCUCGGCCAUUCUUGGAGGACCUAAUCAUAAACUGGCAGAUGUUAUUGAACAAGAAUGCAGCCACAAGUCAUGGGAAGGUAUAAUCACACGAUUAUGGCCAAAAACCAAAUAUAUGGAAUCCAUAUUUACAGGGCAAAUGGCUCAAUACAUUCCAAUAUUGGAGUUUUAUUCCAACAAACUUCCUUUAGUUUCCACAACAUAUGGAUCUUCUGAAAGUACGUUCGGGUUGAAUGUGGAUCCUUUACGCAAACCAGAAGACGUGUCUUACACGUUUGUGCCCAACAUCUCCUACUUCGAGUUUUUACCCGUUGAUCAUGAGGGAGACAUGGAGAGCAUUGUUGAUCUUGUCAACGUCAAGUUAGGGUUCUACUAUGAACCUGUGGUCACUAAUUAUUUCGGUCUACACAGAUAUCUUAUUGGAGAUAUUCUACAGGUGACUGGAUUCUACAAUAGCACACCUCAGUUUAGGUUCGUACGCAGAAAGAAUGUGGUUUUAAGCGUCGAAACGGAGGCAACAACAGAAGAGGACCUUUUAAAGGCGUUGGCUCAUGCGACUCAAGUUAUUGAAUCUUCAAAUUUUAUGUUGGUGGGCUUCACAUGCUAUGCUGAUAUCUCCACUUGUCCAGGCCACUACGUCUUUUACUGGGAACUCAAAGCUAAAGGCGCCAACGAUGUUGUUGAACUUGAUAAAAACGUAUUGGUGGAAUGUUGCUGUGUAUUAGAGGAAUCGUUUGAUGCUCUUUAUAGGGAUCUUAGGACUAGAGAAGGAUUAAUUGGAGCUCUAGAGAUAAGAGUGGUGCAGCAAGGAACAUUCGAUUCUCUCAUGGAAUAUUUCAUCUCCCAAGGUGGUUCGGUUGCUCAAUACAAGACACCUUUAUGUGUCAACUCUUCUGAAGCCUUAGCAGUUCUUGAAAAUAAGGUUCUUGCUCGAUUCUUCAGCGAAAGAUCUCCUCCUCUUGACUUAUAG